GCUAGACUGCGAAGGGUUAAGUUUAGAUGUCCAGCGAAUCACUCAACGAUGUCAAACAACCAGUCAUUUGCUCUGACCCGUUCAAUGAUUCCAGAGUACUCCAACAGUCACCAACAUGCCAAUUAGAGUGACCGAGAACCUGGUGUUGUGGGAAGCAGCAUAAAUCCGGCCAACCGGAACUAUCGCUCCGGAAACGGUACACUGCACAUCGAUCGGCAGCACAGUCGAUAUAAAAAGCGACCGGUGCUUACGGUAAACGUGGCAUUUCACUGACAGAUAGAGAGUAGUGGCCAUUGCUCCGCACAGUAGUAUCGAUUACCGAUGCCACCAUCAACCGUACGGUCGCGUGUGUUUGUGCUGAUCGCCGUCAGCUUGCUGACGGUGCUGGGCGUAUCCGGUUCGAUAGUGCACGAGUUAACCGUGGAGGCAGGUGAUCUGGUACGGAGCUGUCUGCGUCGUGCUGCCGUAUCCCGAUGGGACUGUGUGAAGAACGAGAGCCUUAUCGCGGUACAUCAGCUUUCGGAUGCGCCAAGAAUAGUGCUUCUGGAUGGUGUCCAUCUUGUGCGCAGCACUGGAGAACGGCAGGAGGGCAGCAACAGCGAGGCGUCACCUUCAACAAAUGAUAUCGACCAGGAGCAAGAUGGCACCGUUGGGAGCACGUGGAGUAACUCCGUACUGAGCGCACUGAAACGGCUGCUAGACACUCACGUACUGGAAGUUGAUUUAUCGCUCCCGAAUGGCCCAGAGCAGGAAGAUGGACAGCGAAGCGCUAGAACCGUGUUGGCGGUACGCUUUGGAGGGCAACAUCGACUGACAGCUCCAGCCGAGAAUGAAGGACGCCAUCGACGCCGGCAGCAGAUGAUACCGAUGAUGAUAUUCGGUGUGACGGUGUUCGGUAUGUUUAUCAUCCCGAUAGCCUUCCAGUUCCUAACCGCGCUCAGCGGCAAAGCGUUCCUGAUGGCAAAGUUGGCCCUGCUGCUCGCCUCCAUUAACGGCCUCAAACGGGUGGCAUCAGCUGGUGUGCACUAUGGGCUGUACCAUGCCGUCGAUCACUAUCCCGCACCGGCGCACCAUCCACCGCCACCGUUCCACCAGCAUCCGCAUGCCGUACCGCUGAUGUACGAUCGGGCUGAAUCGUUGUACGCGGAAGGACCACGCGGCAGUGGCAGUACGUUGGCGCCAUUUUUUAGCCGUCUAGCUAGCAGUUUGCCCUUCUCACUUGGACAUCAGUAACGGGCUGUGUUAAUAUUUCUAUUUUUUCUGUUGCGUUACAUUUUUCCCCCUCCCGCCAAGAGCUGUUAUAGUUUUAUUUAUUGAGUUCCGCUUCCGCUUUUUAUAGCUCGCUUGUGUCAUUAGUGUCAUUUUGUGUUUUUGUGCUGCCGAAAAACCCGCAAAUAUAGAUUAUUUAUUGCUUAUGGACAGGGUGGCCGUUGUUCAUCAGUUUGAGUGUUGGU